AUGCCGGCCGCCGCGACGACGACGACGACGAGAAAGGCAUCGGCGCAGCCCUCGGCCGCCGAGCUCGAGGUGCUCACCUUCCUGACGGACCCCAACGCCCAGGUGCGCCAGGUGGCGCUGAGCAACAUUGUCGGCUUCAGCGCCCAGACCAGCCCGCACCGCUCGCUGCUCCUGUCCAAGCACAAGAACCCGGACGGCUCCCCGCUGCUCGGCAGGGACGGCAACGAGGUCGACACCAUCGACGACCUCAAGCGCCUCUGCCAGGACCAGCCCAUCACCGCCCACGAUGCCUUUAGCGCCCUCAUCAACCUCUCCGACUCGAUGGUCGUCGCCAGGCGCAUCGGUGACGCACGCUUCCUCGAGUUCCUCGUGCACUACAUUGCCGACCCCGUCUCGCUGCUGGCCGACCUCGCCUGCAUGCUCCUCUCGAACCUGACAAAGGUCGAGCCCAUCUGCGCCGAGCUCCUAGACCUCCGCGUCCAGGCGCGCCCCUUUUACGACUUCAUCCCCACCGCCGACCUCGACGCCGCCGUGUCCGGCAUGGACGUCGAGCCCAGCGAUCCCGAGUACGCCAGGAAAAAGGCGGCCGCCGAGUCGUACGCCAAGCGCCUCGUCGACCAGGCGAACCAGUCCGAGGAGCAGGUGCCCGCCAUGGCGCGCCUCCUAGACGCCUUCGAGGAGGGCGCCACCGUCGACUCGCAGGGCAGCACCCUCGAGGCGAUGAAGAAGCGCAUCCAGGAGGCGGCCAAGAACGAGGACGGCACAAAGGAAAAGGAGGAGGUCGAAAAGGGCCCCGACGGUCGGCCACGGAUCCGGCGAAAGACCAACUGCAACUUCCUCGCCAGCGUCUUUGCCAACGUCACCGUCCUGCCCAGGGGUCGCGACUGGUUCGUCGCACCGCUCUCGGCCUCGUCGGCCGCCGCAUCAGCAUCGGCCCAGGCGGCGGCGGCCAAGGCCGACAGCACCACUGACGGGGCUUUGCCUGCGGCCACUGAGUAUCCGGUCGCGCGCAUCAUGGCCUUCACCGAGCACCCCAACCUGAUCCGACGCGGAGGCGUCAUCAGCGCCAUGAAGAACAUCCUCUUUGUCAAGUCGGCGCACAAGCUGCUGGUUGCUCCUCCGCCGGCAAGGGAGGGAGAGGACGAGAUGCUGCGGGGAGCGCUGCGGGCCACCACGAGACCACCAUCCUCGGUCGACAUCCUGCCCUACCUGCUCUUGCCGCUCUGCGACGGCGCCGAGAUGGCCGAGGUCGACUUCGAGGACCAGGAGACGCUGCCGGAAGAGUGCCAGAUGCUGCCAGAGGACAAGAAGCGGGAGCGGGAUCCUGCGCUCCGGCUGAUGCUGGUCGAGUCGCUGCUGCUGCUCUGCACCAACCUCUACGGCCGACAGUGCCUGCGGGCGCGCGGCGCCUACGUCGUGCUGCGGUCCGCGCAUCUGGUGGAAAAGGACGAGAAGAUCACCGAGGCCGUCGUGCGCCUCGUCAACAUUCUUCAGCGGGACGAGUCGGAUGCCACUGCAAAGGACCUCGAGGACGACGCCGAGUCGAGGCAGGAGGACGUCGGAGCCGAGGAGCCGCUGGAUUCGGACGACGAGGACCUGGUGAUUGAAGAGCUCUGA